UAAGGUUCGAACCCACGACCACUGAGGCUAAUCUACCGACGGAAUUUUCAUUUUCGUUGAAGAAAAGUCUCUGUUUACUCUUGCCUCCACCCACCAGCAGCUAAAAGCUUGGGGGGAAAAGAAAAAGAAAAAAACUCGAAAAAAGGGGAAAUGGAAGUUUUAUUGACGAUGCUGGAGUUUUUGGCGGUUUUGGUUUUGAUCUUUGUUUUAGGUUUAGUUUCUGUAAUCGUUCUGGAAGCCUACAGAAGACGUCACAAUAAUGCUCAUGUUGAAGCGCCGGCGAUCUUUGAGGAUCCGAACUCAUUGAAACAGGUUCCUUGUCCCUAUAUUUUUGAUCCAGCAGAGAAAUACUUGUCAUUGAUAAUUCCUGCUUUCAAUGAAGAACGUAGGUUUCCUGGUGCUCUUGAUGAAACCAUGAAUUAUCUUCAACAACGGGAAGCAAAUGAUAAAUCAUUUUCUUAUGAGGUAUUGAUCGUUGAUGAUGGAAGUAGGGAUGGAACAAAGAGAGUAGCUUUCGACUUCGUAAAGAAGUAUGGUGUAAACAAUGUGAAGGUUAUCCUGCUUGGUAAAAACCACGGAAAAGGAGAAGCAAUAAGAAAAGGAAUGCUACAUUCACGUGGUGAAUUACUUCUAAUGCUAGAUGCCGAUGGGGCUACCAAGGUUACCGACCUAGAAAAACUUGAAAAUCAGAUCCAUGCAGUUGCAAGAAAAGAUCAUCAUGGUGAUCCGGCAGCUGAUAAGGAGACUUUUAGAAUAUCUGAUAUCCCAAUAGUUGCAUUUGGAUCUCGUGCCCAUCUUGAGGAAAAAGCUCUGGCUACAAGGAAGUGGUACCGCAAUUUUUUGAUGAAGGGUUUUCAUCUUGUGGUUCUCUUGGCUGCUGGUCCUGGUAUUCGUGAUACACAGUGUGGUUUUAAGAUGUUUACUAGGUCUGCAGCAAGGAAGAUUUUUACCAACAUCCGGUUGAAAAGGUGGUGUUUCGAUGUUGAACUUGUUUUCCUUUGUAAAUGGUUCAGUAUUCCGAUGCUGGAGAUAUCUGUAAACUGGUCUGAGAUUCCUGGAUCCAAGGUAAAUCCAUUGAGUAUACCGAACAUGCUUUGGGAACUUGCCCUCAUGUCCAUAGGAUACAGAACUGGGAUCUGGAAAAUUAACUCCUGAUGUCUGGAUUUUCUCAAUCCAUCGAGCAAUGGCAAUCAAAGAGAAGCAGACAAGUGAUUUGAUAAGCUUCGGUUUUAAUACGUUCUUUCAGACAACACCUUCUACCAUCAGCUUAAACCAGUUUAUGCGAGCUUGUUCUUUCUGCAGUCUUUUCCAGUUGUAAUAUUGAUUGAGGUAACACUUUU